AUGGGGGAUGAUGAUCGGGAUAUAGGUGGUAUAGUAAGAAGUUGUAAUAUUAGUAGACCUAACAAUGUUGUAACUCCUAAUUUAGAUUUGAAGGUAUCUCCAAAUGAUGUUUGGAAUUCUUCUGACAAAUAUUUAGCUCCUGACAUGACUAGUUUUAAUGGUUUAUCUGAAAUUUUUUCUUUAGAUUUUCCAAUUGCUCGUCGGGAAAAUUCAUAUGAUCAGGUUAUUAUCAUGAACCAAAAUAUUAACCAGCAAUUGUACUUGCAUUCCAUUCAACCAGUUCAAUUUAUCCAACAAAUCAUUGUUCCUCAAUCACGAACAUCGGUAGCGUGUGUGGCACCAACAACUACAACACCACAUGAAUGGAUUAAUCUACAACAACUCGAUAUAGGGGCUAACAUUUAUCCUAAUUUCAAUUUUUCCAUGAUGACUCCUUUGACCCAAACUAGAACAAGGAACAAUCAGUCGAUAAGGCUUACCUAUGAAUUGUUGCAAGAGGAACUCAAAAAUGACAUAUGGACAUGGCGCAAGUAUGGUCAGAAGCAUAUCAAAGGUUCCCCAUUUCCGAGGAAUUACUAUAAGUGUAGUACAUCAAAACACUGCGAAGCAAAGAAACAAAUUGAGAAAAGCCCAAAGGAUGAGAACAUUUUCUUGGUAUCCUGUUCGGGUGAACACAAUCAUGAUCCCCCCAUGAACCGUAGAUAUCUUGCUAGUUGCAACGGUAAUUCCAAAUUUAAGCUUCCAAAAGGCAUAAAUAUUUUGCCCAAAGCAUCAAUCUUGAAUGCAUCAACAUCCUCGUCCAAGCGUGUUAAGGAUUCAAGAGUUGUUGCUUCUCCAAUUAUCGCAACUAAUCCUCCACUUGAAAUCGGGAGCAAAAACAAAAUGGUUGUUGAGAUCGUGCAGAACAAAGGUAAUGGUAAAGAAAAGGUGGACAUGAAUGAAGAUAUUUUCAUGGGUUUUGACCAACUACAAGGAGUUACUACUUCCACCUAA